UAUACACGUAUUCCCCACUACACAUUUGCCGGAAAGACGAUAAACUUAUCUUUUCACUGCCGUCUGUUUGACUUUGUUUAAAAUCUCCGCUGAAACUUUCUCUUCCAGAUUUGUUAUCAAAGACGUUUUGAAAAUCGAUCAAAGAUAUCGUUUAUUAAAUAUUUGGAGAGUUCGAAACAGAAACUUUUGUUUAACGAAGAAAGAAUUUGUUCGAAAUAUUCCUUUUGAAGACCUUGUUGUCACAUUUGUCCACAAUGGAAGCGUGGUCGUGUGUUAACAUUUUUGUGACUCUGUUGCUGUUUUAUGCCGCGAUUGAAGACGUCAACAGUAACAACAUAAACAGACACAGCAGCAAUAACGUUCAUAUCGGAAACAGUACAGAAUUUGAAGACGUGGACGACAAUGCUACGGACGCCAUCAACACAACGGCAUCGCCAAACCUCACAACACAGGAAGACAGAAUGUUUGAAAUGAGAGAACGAAUGCAUUCGUGGAACCGCCGAUACCGCCUGCAGCGAAUCCGGGAACAGAUUCUGCGCAGUCUCGGCUGGACGGAGCCCCCAAACAUCCCGGAAGGCCUCAUCCGCAACAUCACCAACCAAUCAUACCCCUACACGUUGGUGGGGGAAGAACUGGAGACCCAAGAUGACCGGCGCUGUUUCUCUGCUUCGUGUUCUCUGCCGAGGAACGUCGACCGCCAGUUGUGGGAGGAUGAAGAACUCGGUGGUUUCCGUGUGUACACGAGUCUGGCGGCAAGACAAGACAUUGUCCCUACAAACUUGCGCCAAGCAAAUCUGAAUGUAUUCCUUCGACACACAAAUGGCUUCACAUGUCACGGCGAGGAGGUUCCAAUGUCCAUCAGCGGAUCCAGGUUCCUGGUGUCUGUGUACCAGUUCCUCAGACCUCUGAGAUUCCAGCGAUCUCGGAACAGAGUAUUAAACAGGAAACGCUUGCUUGAUGCCCGGAUGGUGACAACAAAUGGACCCACAUGGGUGAUGUUUAACGUGAAGCAGGCCGUCUCGGAGUGGUUGAGCGGUGAACGAAACAACUUCGGGUUCGAGAUUAUUGUCAAAGAUGAAAACGAGGUCCCGUGCAACGCCAUGAAUAUGCUUGUCCACGUCAACUGCAACAGCCCGGAAGAGACUGGAUGCAGGGAGGACAACUCGGAGCCUGCAGCUCUCAACAGAUUCCGCUGGUUACACGAGAACAUCGAGUCCAACUAUCCAUAUUUAGAAAUCAUCACAAGACAAGGCCGACUUCCUCCUCAGUUUGGUCGGCUCCGGGCGAGACGUGACCUAGGAGCUACGUCAUCACCAGUGAGUGACGUCACAACUGCGUCACCAAGAAACAUCGUGAGAUCGGUCGGGAUGUGCCAGGGCACAGAAGUGAGGAUAGCAACGUGGGAAUCAAGCCCCUAUGUAAUUGCGCCUACAUCCUACACGACGUUACUGUGUGGCGGCACCUGCGUGACGACAUUCAACGGCAUGCUACAGAUAGUAUCGUCACGUUGCCGUCCUACCGAAACACGUCCUGUAAUGGGUCUUUAUUUUGACGAUUCCCAGCGAAUUUACUACGGAGAACUACCCUUCACACAAACUUUACAGUGCGGCUGCUGACGAAGUACUGGUCUGCUUCAAGCUUCUUGAAUUAUGGUUACAUUUGAAUAUGAAAAAUAAUGUCAGCACUUUAUGUCUCAAAACCGAACAUUUCGCCUUAUUAUUAUCAUUAUGUAGCAUACAUCUCUUGCAAGGUUUCUUAAUGGAUUGAAAAACAAGACAAGCUAGUAUAACUGAUAUAACACUUGAAGGAAAACUUUGAUUAUUAUAUUGAAUAGUAAUUAUUAUAUCUAUAUCAAAGAAUAUCUACAGCUUCGAAUCUGUAUGCAACAGUGUGACGUCACAAUAAAUGCAAUGAGAACGAGACAGCAGCGUCGUGUGGGGUCCCGUAUGCAUCACGUGAUCAGGGUUGUCCCAUUUUUUGUCAAAACAAAAUAUUCUUCCAUAAUAAUUGAUUCAGGACAGAUUUACCAGUAGCUAAUGCAUAAUACCCGAGAGAUUAAAUGGAGUUAACAUUACUUAAUGUGGGAUCUUUAGCUUGUUAUAAAUAUGAAUAAAGGAAUUAUUUAAACCUAGGGAUAAAAUAUAUUUGUAUGAUAAAUGAAAAUUGAAUCUCAAUACGAACUGAAAGAGGUGUUUUCAUGUAUCGUAUUCGUAUCAUGUAGCAGUUAUCAUAUCAGUAUUUGUUUAAAGUAGGCUGUACCUUACGUUAUUGCAUUUUUUUAUGCACAUUAACACUUAUUCCAAUGCUUGUAUGAACACGUUGCCAUGGUUACUGCACUACUUCACUUGCAGCGUGUCACGUGCCAUUGUACAUAAUUCAUGACGUACUUAGGCGGAGUUGCCCAGGCAGGGACCCGCAUCUCACGUGCCCACCUUACAAUGCAAUGAUGCGCAUACGCGAGCUAGUUUGAGUGAUCGAAUGUUGGUAUGGGUGAGGGAAUGAGAGUGAGUGAGAGAGAGUGUGGAUGAAUGAAUCAUAUUGGUUAUUCCUUUUCCUUAACAAGGAGACAGAUGGCAGCAGUUCUUUUGUAUUACAUUGUUUAUCAAUAUGAAUAAAACAUGUGUAUAUAUGAUUGGAAACUUGAUAGGAGUGGCCAGUAUUCGUAAUAUAGCUUCAGUGCGGGAAUAUGAAGGAAACGGAAUCGGUUUCAUCAGAAGCGCUCGUAAAUACCCAGAAUCAGCAUCAGCAUCAUUAUUUAAAGUUACCAUCUACGUUCUUCCUGACAGCAAAUAGUGUGAAGAAGCCUUUUAAAGUUGGAAGAUGACACCUUUUAUUGAUAAUUAUCAAACGUUGUUUGUCGACGCUCUUCCUGCCUGCAAAACGGCCUUAAUGAUAGGUGGACGUUCUUUAGAAAUUGGAGAAUGACAUACAGUAAACUACGGUUAUAACGAACCCAAAGGGACCACUUAGUUUAGUUCGUUAUAACCGUAGUUCGUUAUAGGCAUAUAUACAGCAUAACUACAGCAAAUUUUAGGGACAAAAAAGUAAGUUCGUUAUAUCCGUCAGUUCGUUAUAAGCGUGUUCGUUAUAACCGUAGUUUACUGUAUCUUAUGGAUAACAACUUUUUUUAUUGUUUCUGAUGAUGGAGCAAAGAUGUAGCCCUGAAACGUCUUCAUAACAAUAAUAUUCCACGUCUUCAAGGAAGUAGCUAAAGCUUAGUCUCUUAACAUUUUUUUUAUAUAUAUAUAGAAACAAAUAACUCAAUUAAAAUUGAAAAGAAACCCCAGAUUUAGAUACAGAACCUGUGAAAAGUCUAGACUUGCUAUGGGUUUACAGUAAGUCCUGGGAGGAAGUGAAAAUAAUAUGGUUCAGGGACUGCGAGGGAAGCAGAACUUCAUUACUUCAUCAGUACUAAAUCAUGAUGCAAACGAUGGAGGUGUGCCGAGCCGGUUGAGUGAAUUUGUCACCCUUUUAUAAUGCAUUUUAUUCAAUAUUAAAAGUGGUGUUUCCCGUAUAUACAAAGUAUAUGGGGACGAAAUACCGACCAUUGUUUUGUUAUAUGUUUUAUUCACAUUGUAUUUAUGCAUUUGUUUAAAUGUAUUUAUUUCGUUUAAAUGACAUGUGAUUGUUAUAAACCUCUCUGUUAAUCCCAUUGUUGCAUCUCUUUGCCUUCUGUACCUAGUGCCUCGUGUGUAGACUAGUGUAGUAGGUCGUACAGACUGUAUCGUGUGUUAUCAAUGAAUGUCGUUAUCAAAUAAACAUCCGGUACAUCA